AUGAAGAAACCAAGAAAUAUCCGUUCCUCAUUAAGAUGCUUCACUUUUCCACUAGCCUGCGCAGCACUUUGUUUCGGACUAUCCGGAAUGUCAAGGGGGCUUGACGAAGGCCUCAUUUCCACCACAGUCGCACAAGAAUCGUUUAUCUAUGAAUUCGGUCUUCAAGCCACCUACCUCGAUGCCUCUCAGCAGGCAAACCGUCUCUCGAAUAUCACAUCGAUGGUUCACAUCGGCAGCAUUCCGGGCGCACUGAUCGCCUUUCUCCUUUGCGAACACAUCGGCAUGCUCUGGUCAAUGCGACAAUUAUGUCUACUUUGGUUAAUUGGUGUUGUCAUUGUCAUCACUUCCACCAGUAUCGGACAAAUAUAUGCAGGUCGAUUUAUCAUGGGGCUUGGAAUUGGACAAGCUGGUGUUAUUGCGCCGACAUAUCUGGCUGAGAUUGCGCCGGCUCAUGCUAGGGGUAUGCUGGUGUCGCUUUUUGGGAUGUCGGAGUAUAUCGGGAUCAUGGUUGGGUAUUUCUCGGCCUGGGGAGCUGCGUUGCACGUUUCCGACAGUACUGCUCGGCAAUGGAUUAUACCACAAAGUGUACAAAUCAUCGUGGCUGGAGGAUUGGGUCUGUCUUCGUUCUUGUGUGAAGAGAGUCCUCGACGUUUGUGCAAAGCGGGAAAAUUGGACCAAGCUAGGCGAGCUCUGGGGAGGUUGUGGGGUCUGCCAUUGGAGCACGAAGACAUCUCCAUUGAGAUAGAGAGCAUUCAAAGCCAGUUGGAGGUUUGCCAGGGCACUAGCAUGUACAAGUCUUGGAUGACCUCGCUCAAGCAGUUGCUGGCAGUCAGAACCAACCAGAAAAGGGUGCUUUUUGUCGUCUCCGAGCAGCUUCUCAGCCAGUGGUCUGGUGCCAACUCAACAACCACAUAUGCGCCCGAGCUGUUUUCUUUGCUAGGAUUGACAGGGCAGUCAGAGAAGCUCUUUGUCACGGCAAUAUUCGGCGCCGUGAAAUUUCUUGCAUCGCUGCUCUGUGCUAUUGUGUUAAUUGACCAUGUCGGGCGAAAAGGAUCAUUAGUGUCUGGUGUUCUAAUCCAGCUGGUCGCCAUGCUGUAUAUCGCAAUCUUCCUCACAGUCAAGUCAGCAUCCGAUGGCGAGUCUGUAUCUACCAAUCGGGCCGCAAUUGUAGCAAUUGUUUUUAUGUAUUUCGUUGGAAUUGGCUGGGCAAUCGGGUGGAAUUCGAUCCAGUAUCUCAUCAAUGCGGAGAUUUUCCCCCUGCAUGUGCGCGCCACCGGAUCGAGUCUUUUGAUGUGCUUUCACUAUGCCAACCGAUAUGGCUUAUCAAAGGCUGUUCCAUCCAUGCUGCUUGAAGACACUCUUAAACCGAAAGGAACGUUUUGGUUUUUCUCGACUAUGACCUUCUUUGGUCUCGGUUGGGCUUGGGUUCUGCUCCCCGAGACUGCUGGCCGGACAUUAGAGGAGACAAAUGGCUUGUUUUCGUGA